GUUGCUGUGUCAGACCCUCUGCUGCAGUUUGAGCUAACAAUUUAACCUGUGUAGAGGCAAGCUACAGUAGCUGGAUUUAACAAGUAAAUUCAAGAUGUCGGUGAACUGGGAUCAAAUGGAGGUUGAUCAGACUGAAAGUUUUCUGGAUAUCUCCCCAUUUGUGAGAGAAUACAUUGGAAGCCCUCUGACCACCUCUAACCCUGCAUCAAACACUGGCUUCUUCAAUGAUGUCAAGGUCCCGCAGAAUGGAAAUUACUCCCACAUUGUAGUCAGUGGAGGAAACUCCCUGAUGCAGGAUGAGAAGAAAGCAGGAGCAGUAUUAGAGAUACAAGUAGAACCACCAUCAAAUGGAGAUCAGGAAUCUUUGACCACAGGGAAUGCAGAAAAACCUGAACAGUCAACUCUUGAAGAGGCUGACCUGACAUCGUCAGUGUUGGGAGACACAAUAUUGGCAGCAAAAGAUGAAUCUGUUGAGCAGCAGGUAGUUCCGGAGCAGUUAUCCAGCCUGUCUGGAAAUGAAGAAUCAUCAAGAGUUCCUGAGUUCAGCUGUGUAACCGAGGAAGAGAAUGAGCCGGAACCCUGUGCCCAGGGAGCAGACGUGCAUCACGUUCUCCAGCAACAAGAUGUAUUGGACAGCGCUCAGAACAAAGAGAAGCUGGAUGCCCCCCCAAAACCUCCUAGAUCACCUGGACCCAAUGACCUUUUAUUUCCCACAGAUGGGAUAACUAUAGUUGAACCUACGGCUGUCCGGGUGCCUGUCACAUCCCUGGCUCCUUCAGAAGUGAUGUGGACCAUCAAGAGGGACGAGCCGGUGAAGCUGCGGAUAACGCAGUCUGGGCCAGGGUCUGAGACUCCAUUGACGGUCCACCAGAUGUUUCAGCAUGCAGUGGAACAAUAUGGGGAGACCCCUGCCCUUGCUGUUAAAAAGGAGGGCCAGUGGGCAACCAUGACUUUCAGGGAGUACUACAAUGAAUGCAGACUGGCAGCCAAAAGCUUUCUUAAGUUGGGCCUGGAACGUUACCAUGGCGUUGGUAUCCUGGGGUUUAACUCUCCAGAGUGGUUCUCCAGCCCUGUGCGUUGUGUGGUGGGAGGGUUGGCUGUGGGUAUCUAUACAACUAACUCCCCCGAGGCCUGUCGGUAUGUGGCAGACAACUGUGAAGCAAAUGUCCUGGUGGUGGAGAAUCACAAGCAGCUGACCAAAAUCCUACAGGUUAAGGACCAGUUGCCCCACCUGAAGGCUAUUGUUCAGUACAAAGAUGAGCUGAAAGAAAAGCAACCAAACCUCUAUACGUGGAAAGAGUUCAUGGAACUGGGCAAGCAGAUCCCUGAUGCACAGCUUGAUGAUAUCAUUAGGUCCCAGAAGGCCAAUCAGUGCUGCAGUCUGAUCUAUACGUCUGGGACCACUGGCCAGCCCAAGGGGGUCAUGCUGAGCCAUGACAAUUUCACAUGGACAGCGGAAGCUGCUGGUAAGAUGGCUGAUUUGAGAAAUGGGACUGAGGAAUGUGUUAUAAGUUACCUUCCACUCAGUCACAUUGCAGCUCAGCUUAUUGACAUCUGGAUUUCCAUGAGAUUUGGAGCAACCACUUACUUUGCAGAGCCAGAUGCAUUGAAGGGUUCCUUGGUGAACACGAUGCGCGAGGUGCGUCCGACCGCCUUUAUGGCGGUGCCGCGGGUGUGGGAGAAGAUGCAGGAGAAGAUGCAGAGCCAGAGUUCCAAGUCCUCUCUCGUGAAGAGGAAGGUGGCGGAGUGGGCAAAGUACAUCGGACUCCAGGCAAACUACAACUUCAUGAACGGAAAUCAAACUGUGCCCUGGGGUUACAUGCUGGCAAACAACCUCGUAUUUAAGAAGGUGCGGGCAGCACUGGGACUGGAUCGCUGCACAAAAUGUUUCACUGGAGCAGCACCCAUUACCAAGGACACGCUGGAGUACUUCAUGAGCCUCAACCUGCCCAUCUACGAGCUGUACGGCAUGAGCGAGAGCACUGGCCCGCAUGCCAUCUCCAGUGAGGCAGCGUUCCGCAUCAUGAGCUGUGGUAAGGAGAUUCCUGGAUGUUCUACUAAACUGGAUAAGCCAGAUGAGGAAGGGAAUGGUGAGAUCUGUUUCUGGGGACGCCACGUGUUCAUGGGCUACCUCAACAUGGCUGACAAGACGGAGGAGGCUCUCGACCAGGAGGGCUGGCUGCACUCUGGGGACCUGGGCAAGCAUGACCCUGAAGGCUUCCUUUAUGUUACUGGCCGCAUCAAGGAGCUGAUCAUCACUGCAGGUGGGGAGAAUAUCCCCCCGGUGCCCAUUGAGGAUGCUGUGAAGCAGGAACUCCCGAUCAUCAGCAACGCCAUGCUGAUCGGAGACAAGCGCAAGUUCCUCAGCAUGUUGCUGACCCUUAAGUGCAAUGUGGAUGAUGAAGGGGAGCCAACUGAUGAACUGACACCCCAAUCCAAGGAGUUCUGCAGGCAGACAGGCUGCCGGGCCAGUCGCUUGUCUGAGAUCACCAGCAAGAAGAACCUGCCUGUUUUCAAAGCCAUCCAGGCGGGGAUUGACCGGGUCAAUGCCAAGGCAACCUCCAAUGCCCAGAAAAUCCAAAAGUGGACCAUCCUGGAGAAGGAAUUCUCCAUUUCAGGGGGAGAGCUUGGUCCAACAAUGAAGCUGAAGAGGCCUGUUGUGCAGAAAAUGUAUAAAGAUCAAAUUGAAGAAUUUUACUUGUAAAGUGUACGAGAUCUGUUGAUCUGUUUUUAAAGAAGCCAAGGCUUUUGAACUAUGAAUAGGAAUUUGUUUUCCUGCUUCUAUGGAUCGUUCAUUUCUUAAUCUUUGCACAAAACACCAUCACGUUUCUUAGAUGACAUGUAUAAUAAUUGCUUUCUUUUAAUUGCCAGUACCUAAAGGUGGUUGUUUUCUACAAACCUUAAAUUUACACGUAUCUUUAACACCAAUUGUAUAUACACAGUUUCUAAAUAACGAUCGCAUAGUGCCAAAUGUAUAUAUGCAAUUUCAAAAGCCAUUCUUGCUGUCUUCUGAGUUUUUUGCACUGUUAAUAAUAAACUGUUUCUGAAAUUUA